CGACGGGACACGGAUCAGUUGGCUCGCUGCGCUGGAAGUGAGAGUUCCAGGUGUCGUGCGGUCCGAGAGACAGAGAGGAGGAUGCCUGGCCAGCAGUAGGCUCGCUCGCGGGCGGCCAACAAGUGUGUCUGCGCCUCCGAUGGGCACCAACAAGCGGGACAGCUACUCGUACGACUGAGCCUCGUCUCGAUGGCCUCGUCAGCCGUCGACUAAAGAACAAAGCGCGACAAAAACUCUUUGUGGACAAUACCGGGCCAGGAGUGAGUUAGUAAGUGUGCUGAUGCAGUGAGACUCACGUACUCUGUAAGGUUAAGGCUUUCCGUUCGUUACUCGCAAGUUCAUUUGCAAGCGUUCUCAUGGUCUCUGCCAGAAAUUGGAGGAAUCCCUCGGAGGAAAACGGGUAUUAAUCGUACUAGUCUCGUAGAAAAACACUGUUGAUCGUCCUUGUCCGUGUGUACGUUCGUGUUUUUGGACCCAACACCAACAGCAAACUCGUGUGUUUGCUUUGCUCUCUGUAAAUAGUAAAAGAUGCAAGGCUGAAGAUGGCCAACGGCUCGGGCAUCGUCGACGACCUGCUGCUGCUGCGGCUCGCGGACAGCGAGCAGGGCGACGUCUUUCUGCUGUUCGACGAGCUGAACGGCUCGCUGCUGAACGGCACGGCCGGGCUGAACGCCAGUCUGGGCGGCAACGACACCCUGCUGCUGAUCAACGACAGCCCCUACCCGAGCGGCAACUCGCUGAUGCACAUCAUCGUGGCCUCCGUCGUGGUCACCAUCUUGAUGAUCGUGGUCGUGGUGGGCAACAUGCUCGUCAUCAUCGCCAUCGCCACCGAGAAGUCGCUCAAGAACAUCCAGAACUGGUUCAUUGCGUCGCUGGCCGUCAGCGACUUCUUCCUCGGCCUCGUCAUCAUGCCCUUCUCGCUGGCCAAUGAGCUCAUGGGCUACUGGAUGUUCGGCCCGCUCUGGUGCGACAUCCACUCGGCUCUCGACGUCCUCCUCAGCACCGCCUCCAUCAUGAACCUCUGCCUGAUCAGCCUCGACAGGUACUGGUCCAUCACGCAGGCCAUCGACUACCUGAAGAAGCGCACGCCCCUCAGGGCGGCCAUUAUGAUCUGCCUCGUGUGGCUGCUCAGUGCCCUCAUCUGCAUUCCGCCCCUGCUCGGCUGGAAGGUGGAACGGCCCUUUGAAGAGUUCCCCAAGUGCGAGCUGAGCCAGGACAUCGGCUACGUGCUUUACUCGGCUCUGGGCUCGUUCUACAUCCCGAGCUGCAUCAUGGUGUUCGUCUACAUCCGGAUUUAUUUCGCGGCGAAGGCGCGCGCGAGACGCGGCAUCCGGAAGAGGCCGCCGAAGCAGGAGGAGAAGGCGAGCACGAGCUUCAGCACGGUGGCCAAGUUGAUGCCGCUGGCGCACAUCCACAGCCUGGCCGGCGAGGGCCCCUUCCCCGGGGGCCUGAUGAUCCCCGGCGCCGAGCACGGCUACAAAGCGACCCCACCGCCGCCUCGCAUCGAGGAGGAGGCGGAGGCCGCCGGGCCCAGCGGCCAGCAGCCGGCUAUCGCCACCGUCGAGCACCUGGCCGCCGCCUCCGGGGGCGGCCGCACCGCCUCCAUCGCCAUCCCGAUCGUGACCUGCGACUUCGCCUCCGACGUCAGCAUCAGCGACGCCGAUCCUUCCAUGCAGGAGAAUGGCGCUGCCUACCUCGAGGCGCCGCACACUGCGGCCGCCGCCGCCACGGCCGGCGUCGCCUUCCACACCAAGCACCCCCUCGCCAGCGCCUUCCGCGACUCCAGCCUCUCCGUCAACGGUGACCUCAGACAGGCCGAAAGCCUCGAAAUGUCCUCCAGAUGCGCGAACACGAUCAGCGUGGCGAUAGAGAACGACAUGGUGAGCGAGUUCGACCCGUCCUCGUCCGACUCGGGGGUGGUGAGCCGUUGCGCGGUGGUGAAGCCGCUCAAGCUGCGGCUGAUGAAGCCCAUUUUCGGUCGGAAGAAGGCCAAGGAGGGCAGCUCGUCGGGCAGCAGCAACGGCGGCAGCAAGGGUGACAAGAAGGGCGGUGCCAAAAAGGGAAAGGGACACGACGGGGGCAGCGGGGGCAGCAGCCGCGAGGUGCCCGACUAUCCGAAGCUACCUCAGUACCAGGUUCCACCGAAGCCACGUGACCCUGAGCGAGAAAAGCGGCGGCUGGCCCGAAAAAAGGAGAAGCGCGCCACGCUGAUCCUGGGCCUGAUCAUGGGCUCGUUCAUCGCGUGCUGGUUGCCCUUCUUCCUCAUGUACAUCCUCACGCCCAUGUGCCCCGUGUGCGACAUCCCACCGAGCGCCUUCUCCAUCGCCUUUUGGCUCGGCUACAUGAACUCGGCCCUCAACCCGGUCAUCUACACCAUUUUCAAUAAGGACUUCCGCAGGGCCUUUCGCCGCAUACUUUUCAAAUGACCCUUUUAGUCGGAGCAGCCAUUUCUCGCCACAGACAAACACGCGCCCGGCUCGAACGGCACUUCCGCCUUCCAAUUGUGGUUUCGAUUUGAAGAAAAAUUGUGGCCAAACAUUUUUCAAUUGUUUCAUCAUUUUUAUAAAACUCUGUCUUUUCAGGAGCUGAUAAAAUAUAGAUUUAAUAGAAACGCAUGGAACUGAAUGGAAUUUUUCUAGAAAUUUGGAAUUUUUUAUUCUAAAAAGCAUUAAAUUUUACCGCAGUAAAAAAAUGCUGAUAAUUGCGGUUUACAAUUUAAAGCAUUCAGUUUUGACAGUGCCAAUCAGUCGAUUCCCUAGGUUGGAUUAGGUUGAGCAGCCGACGAUUCGACAUGUCGUGCUGAAAAUUGACUAAAAUGUAAAUUUAGCGGUUUUUCGUCAGAACCUAGCAAAAAGUGCCAACAAGAACGUUUUCAACGAUUUUCGGCAAGUCGUGUCGAAUUAUCGAUUGAGUAAUUCAGCUGCCUACCAACCAUGGUUCUUUUUUAAAAUAUGAUAUUAUUUAUGGGAAGAGAAGGGGCACAACAUUGUUUAGGGGACCCCGGAAUGGAACAGCAUCUUUUCCUUCAAUAAUUCUUCUUCAAUUGGUAUCUUAGACGUAGCAUUCGUAGUUUUAUGUUUCAUAAAUAAGAUUAAUACAAUGCUCAAUAAAUAAUUUGUUGUAUACAUGAAAAUAAUUUAUAAAAAAACAAUAAUAAUAUGAUAUUUUUGCUUACCUUGAUUCUGGGUAAUUUAAUUAUUAAAAUUAGGCUUCAGUAUUUUUUCCUCGGAUAGAAUUUCAUAUCUGGAGAGAUUGCUUGACACGACCAUGUCGUGAGAGGUGGAACGAUUUUUCAAAUUAAAUGUUGUGCUGUUAAACGAACAGGGUUUAUAUUUUAAUUGAAAGAGGUAAAUUUUUUCAUCUAAAGCAAUCAUACAAAAAAUUGUAAAACCUUUUGUGUAUAUAAAAUUUACAGACAAAUUCUGUUCAGAAGAAGAACAGUUACAUGCGAUUUAAUUAUUUUAUUUCUUCGAAUCCUAGCCACAUCAGCUCAAGGUUAUUGUGUCCGUGUCGAGCCCCGCUUGAAAAAUAAACUGAAAUAAUAACUUGAUCAUUACUCAAUAAAAUGUACCGCGAUCGAUUAAAUGAAGUUAAUUACAAUGUUGACGUGAGAGGAAUAAUUGUACUGUGAUAUUAACGCUUACGAGGAAUGCGAUGUUGUGAACACAUAUAAAAAAUAAUAUGUACAAGACUUGGGGGACGAAUUGCCGACGACACAAACACACCCACCCAUACACGUUCGUAUCAUUUUCCGUUUUCGCGGUUGAUUACUUAACUCACUCACGGAGCAGGUCAUAUUUCAUUAUUGCAAGUACAAUCAUCCAGAUAGAAAAGGCACGAAACUGGUUGAUCAGUUGGCCGGCGUGGCCGACCAACCUGCCAGUUGGUGGGCAUUCAGUAACCUGUUUCUGAGCUUGGAGGUCGCUGAAUCCCUGGCAACAGGACUCAUAAUUACUGUCGUAUGUUGUUUACAUUGAAAUUUGAAAAAAAAGAGAAGCAACGAAAAUUGUAUAUGUGCGAAAUGGUGCUAAAUUUGAGACAAUGAAUGCACACGAUUUGGACCAUCACAACGUCAUACGGUUUUGCAAUUUGAAAAAAUUAAAAUAAUUCAUGGUCGUGUGCAUGUUAUCAUCGCGGAGUGUGUUCAAAAGAGAUUAUUUUCCAGAGAGGGCAUAUCAAAACGUUCGAGAAGAGUUGCUCUUGAAGACCAAAAUAGACAGGCGUCAAAUUUUUUGUGUUCCACGGACGGGAGGUUGGUACUCUUGUUGUUGUAGAAAUCACACACGUUGGCAACUAAAACUUAAACUACUACGUAUUUAAAGAAAGAAACCAAACUAUUGCUGCUUUUAAUAAGUGUCGGUAGAGUUUAGCCAAUUGUUGAGAAAGAGCGAAUGCGAGCCGAGUGUUGUUAGUCUGACGAACUUAUUAUAUACACUGUAAAUAAUAAAUAAUGUUUUCGGUGUUUCCAUUGAGAUUGUUCACGUGAAAGAGAAAGCCUGGCGCUAACAAGUUUGAAAUAUCCUAAGAAAAUGCUUGAGCCCCAUUAUUCUUAGGAUCAUCUCAGACCGUCUCAAAGCAGGCCAGUCCAACUGCGAAUUAAUUCAAAUUCAAACACAGGCACGAAAGGUAUAUUUUCAUACAAAAGCCUAGCCGACGACUCUAAAAAGCAGCGGUGCGUGAAAAAUGCAAUUUAGCCGCUGCGUUUGCUGUGUGUAAUCGCUCUAACUACGAUCAAGAUUAUCCACAUUCUAAAUGUCUCAUAGCCCACCGUGACACACCCUCACAAAAACAUAUACUCUCUCACAUAGAGAUGGCCAAAUUUAAAUCCGAAAAAUGGGAUUCACCGUCGGAUAUUUUCUAUUAGUACGGAGGAUGUUUCACUCGUUGUUUUUUCCAACAAUUAAUCAUAAUAUCGUGAUGCCCUAUAUAACUAAUUUGGCCAUGUCUACGUCUCACAUAGACACUUCACAAACUUAAACACUAACUCUCUGCGCUUGCGUGAAUUAUUAAAAUUAUAUUUAUUGUGCAUGUUAUGUAAAUUGCGAGAUUUUAUCCACGCGCAGUGUUUUGAGUGCUUAAUGGAGUGCAAAAAAUGCACUGCUCUUUGCGGAAAAAAGCAGCUGUCGAUUCCACUUACACGCGCAAUCCGACUCCGAAUUUACUACGGCGGCGCCGAAAACGGGCGUUGCUGCUGAGAGACAUGAUUUAUCACCGCGCAUAGCAAGCGAUAUUAUCAUAAUUACUACUAUAGUUCAAGAGUGGCGACAAAAAAAAAUGUUAUCCAUAAAAACUACUGGCGCAGUGUCAGCUGCAGAUUAUAAGUGGCGUAUAAAUUUGAAUUGGAAACAUGUUACUGAUGAGUGUACGUAAUUGAAAUCAAUAAAGUCUUAUUAUUUCUGUUGUAA